GAACUUUGAUCUGUAGAGGAACAGAAGCACCUGUACUGACAGAGUUACUGCAGACAGACAGACAGACAGAGAGACAGACAGACAGACGCAGCGGAGAACAGAUCUGCUAAAUGUCUCAUUUCAAGAAUCUCCUGGCCAUCUUUCUGCUGCUUGUCUCCACCUGUCAGGCAGGUACAGGUGGUUUGAGAGCUGGAACAGAGGAGAAAGUGAUCAUGCAGCCGUGGCUGGUGGGACUGACCGCUGUGGUGGGCUUCCUCUUCCUCGUCUUCUUCAUCCUCAUCGUGAAAAGGAUCUUCUUUAAGAAAGACCGGAAUGAUGAUGAAAUGCUGAGGGGUUUUGAGGGAUUUGAUAAUAAAGCUCUGGAUAUUGAAUUAACUCAGGACACCAAAAUGACCAACCUGUAAUGAAGACGCCGGCGGACACACACUGCCCUCCGUCUACAGUCCUGCUGCACUGCAACACCUCGCUUCUGACAAAUUAACUAAUUAUGGACAUUUGUACAAAAUAAUUUAUAUCAUAUUGUAAAUGUAUAAGUUUAAUUGAAUGUAUAACCUGAAUGCACAGUUUUGUGGUAAACUGGAAAUAAAUAUGACAUAAAUCCCUCAAA